GUUUGGGGUUUGAAUUUGAGGCGGUUCCCCCUCGCGCUGGGUUUGAAUCUCCCGGUUGCCGGGGCGACGGCGGCUGCGCAGUGGGUUCAGGGCCCCGAACAUGGAGGAUGUUCUGGAGGAAAAUCCGCGGAUUGUGAAGACUGGGCGACGCGCCCGCCAACCCCUGGACACUUCACAGGACGAGACCCGUCUGAGCCGCAAAGCAUCUUCCAGCACCAGUGGAGCAGAGGGCCCCUUGAACAAACCUGCACGCCGGCAGGGAGGAUGGGCAGAUGACACCCCUCGCUCAUCCAAGUCAGGACGCAAAGUAACAGAAGAGAUCGAGGACAGCCGGCUCAGACCCAGGAGCCCUGAGGAUUCAGAUGAUGGCGGAGAUAUUCCUGUUAUCCCGGACUUGGAGGAAGUGCAGGAGGAGGAUCUUGCCAUGCAGGUGGCAGCCCCCCCCAGCAUUCAGGUAAACCGAGUGAUGACAUAUCGAGAUCUGGACAAUGACUUAAUGAAGUAUGGAGCUUUCCAGACCCUGGAUGGAGAUAUUGAUCUGAAACUGCUGAGUCGUGUGUUAUCGGCGGAGCAGGAGGUCAGAGAGCAGGAGGAUGAAUGCUGGAGUUGGGAUCAUCUGUUCACUGAAGUGUCCUCAGAGCUACUGACUGAAUCUGAGGAUGGUGCUGGGCAGGAUGAGGAGGAAGCCAAGGUGUUGUCUGCACCAGCCUGAUUGAAACAGGAAUCUUGCUUUUGGUUUAUCAACCUAUUGUUGCAGUUUUUGCUUGAUCUGAUAUUUGCCUUGGAUAUUAAUGUUAAAAUGCCAGAGCUUGAAAAGUAGAAAGUGUUUUUAUACCUG